AUGUGUAUAUGUAUGCGUAUAUGUACUGUCAUGAUAAGAGAAGAUUACAGCUAUUUGAAAAAAGUUUCGAGUAAUAGCUUUCAAGAUUUUAUUUCGAAUCCAAUAAAUGCUUUUGCUUUGAUGAAAAAGUUAACAGUAGAUUGGGAUGAAGUAAAACGAGAAUUAAAUCGCUCUCCAAUGAACGAAAUUCAUGAAGAUUCAGUAAUAUUUCCUGAUGAAAAUGAUUUAAGUGGAGCUGCCAAAGCUUUAUUGCGAGUGCAGCAAACGUACAACUUGAAAACCGCAGAACUUGCUGACGGAGAAAUACAUGGUGCGCCAAGUGGUCUGCGACUUACAGCUGAUGACUGCUUCGAAAUUGGAAGGCAAGCAUUUCAUUCUGGGUUUUAUGAAAAUGCAAUAUCAUGGCUGGAAAAUGCAAAGAAAAAAUUCGAGGACAGCAACGGAGAAGUAAUAAAUAGCACUGAAGUGUCCAGGUAUCUAAUGUGGUCCACAUACGCAAAAGGCAGAUUUUCUCUUUUGCAGUUGACUAAUAGUUUGCUCCAAUUGAGUUUCAUGAUGGCACCAUCUUUAGAUAGUUUUGCAUUUACAAAUAGUGUUUCCUUGGAUAAAGAAGAUUCUAACAAUGGUUUUUUGACUCACACAACACUUUUUGACGAAGCAAGUUACAGACAACUGUGCCAGUCCAGCAUGCGAACUGUUACACCUUUGUAUUCCAGUCAGUUGAGCUGUCAUCUAUUAUCACAUCACCCCUAUUUAUUAUUGCAACCUAUAAAAGAAGAAAAACUUUGGAAAGAACCAAAAAUAUCAAUUUUUCAUGACGUCAUCUCUGAAAAAGAAAUAGAAAUAAUGAAAACAUUAGCAUUGCCAGUAUUGCAAAGGGCUGAAGUUGCAGAAUACAACAAAGGCUUGGGUCACAGAGUAUCCGAAACAAGAGUUACUAAAGUAGCCUGGCUAAGGGAAGAGGAUCAUCCCUUGAUUCCUAAGAUGUAUAGCCGUAUAGAGGCUAUAACAGGUCUUUCAUCAAAUUCCGCAGAGCCAUUUCAAAUGGCCAAUUAUGGAUUAGGAGGGCAUUUUCAUCUACACAUGGAUGUUUUGCCUGACACUGAAAAUUACUUUGGGCCAAACUUAGGUAACAGAAUAGCAACAUGGCUAACCUAU